AAAACGUUUCUAUUUCCUGUUCUUUGAUUCACCCUUGCAAUUACCAUCGAGUUUCUUCUUUUCCACGGUUGAACGGUGUUUUGGUCAGUGAUCGAAAUAUUAGUGAUCAGCGACGAGUUAAUGCGGUGCAUCGGAGAAGAUGGAUUCGAGCAAUGUGAAAUCGAAACCAAAUCCACGGGAAAGGGCGAGCUUAUUGUCGGUGCUGCUUUGGUGGUGGACGAUAGAUUUGUUCAAGACUGGCUACAGGAAGGUACUGCAAACGGAUGACCUGUAUAAUCCACUGAAGAUUGACCGAUCAAACAUACUAGGAGAUCGACUAGAGAAACGAUGGAAAAUCGAAUUAGAAAAUUCGAAAAAGUACAGAAGAAGAGCCAGUCUACUGAGAGCCAUUUUUCGCACUUUCAUAUGGGAAUACACCGCCCUUGGUUUAAUACAGAUAUUGAACGAAUUUUUUAUCCGGUUAGGGACACCGAUACUUUUGGGCGGUCUGUUGCGCUACUUCAAGAAGGACACGCAUGAGACUUAUGAAACAGCGUUAUUGUACGCGGCUGGAAUUUGUCUAGCAACGGCUGUAAACGUGAUUACGCUCAAUCAAGCGAUCUUUGGCGCCUUCCAUGUUGGUGCCAAGAUCAGGGUCGCCACCUGUUCCGUUGUGUACCGGAAGGCACUGCGCCUUAGCAAAACAGCAUUGGGAGAAACGGCACCUGGAAAAGUGGUCAAUUUAGUGGCCAAUGACGUGAAUAGAUUUGAUCUUGUCUCUAUCUUCAUUCAUCAUAUGUGGUCUGCACCACUCUCUGCAUUGGUCAUAGCUUACUUUCUUUACAUUGAAGCUGGAUACUCUGGUCUGAUUGGUAUUGCUGCAGUAUUUGUUGUCGUGCCGAUUCAAUCAUACACGGGCAAGCUUUCUUCUAUAUUUAGGCUGCAGACUGCUAUAAAAACAGAUGAAAGAGUCCGGCUGAUGGAUGAGAUUAUAUCAGGAGUUCAGGUGAUCAAGAUGUAUGCCUGGGAGAAGCCCUUCUGUGCCUUAAUAGAGACUGCCAGGAAAUGGGAAUUGCAAGUGGUCACUAAAAGUGCUUAUAUUAGAGGCACUUACAUGACCUUCAACCUGUUCACCACGAGAAUGGCUCUUUUUUGUACUCUAAUUAGCAUGCUCUUGUUUGGAAAUGAAUUAACAGCUGACAAAGUCUUCGUUUUCUCUUCAUACUUCAAUAUACUGGCACAUACUAUGUCUGGAAUGUUCGUGAGGGGUUUUGCAGAGAUUGCAGAAUGUAUGGUGGCUGUGAGGAGGCUGCAGCACUUCCUGAUGUACGACGAAUUUCAGGAGAAUGGAUUUACCUUGAACAAAUUUGCUGUCAGUCUCAAUGGUAGCAUUAACAGUAUGUCUAAGCAGACUUCCAAUAAAACUUCCAAACCUGAUAUACCAUAUAUCGAUGAUGAAAUAGAUACUUAUGAGAAUUUGGAUGAUUCUUCAGAAAAAAGGAGGCAUAAUGGCCUGGUAGUCGUUGCCAGUGAUUUGUUAAAAAAUACAGCCAAUCUCAUGGGAGAAAAGAAUCGUUCCUCUAUGAUAAAUGAAGAGCCGCAUGCAGUGCAAAUGAUAAAUGUAAUUGCCAAAUGGGAACCAGGCCAAUCUGAGAACACUUUGGGGGGUCUAAACUUAGAAAUACAGAAAGGAAAAAUGUAUGCUGUGAUAGGUAUGGUUGGAGCUGGAAAAAGUUCUUUCCUAUCUGCGAUUCUUGGGGAAAUAGACGUGAUAGAGGGCCAGGUGAAAGUAAAUGGAAGUUUAAGUUAUGCUGGACAAGAAGCUUGGGUUUUUGGGUCUACUGUUAGACAAAAUAUUCUUUUUGGACAACCCUAUGAUCGUCAUCGAUACCAGAAGGUUAUCAAGGCUUGUUCUCUUCUUAGAGACUUUAAACAAUUUCCACAAGGUGAUCAAACUGUUGUAGGGGAGAGGGGCAGCUCUUUAUCUGGAGGACAGAAAGCUAGAAUAAAUUUGGCUAGAUCUUUGUACAGGCAGGCAGACAUUUACUUGUUGGAUGAUCCUCUAAGUGCUGUUGACACACAUGUCAGUAAACACUUGUUCGAAGAAUGCAUGCAAAGAUACUUAGCUGGCAAAACAAGAAUUUUAGCCACUCAUCAGUUACAAUAUGUGAAAAAUGUAGAUGCAAUUAUACUUAUAGAACAGGGAAAAGUCACAGUAUUCUCCUAUUAUCAGGAUCUAUUGAAUCAACGACCAGAGUACGCUGAACUUCUAGCAGCGGAAACAGAGACGAACGAGGAUAACUCUAUAGAGAAGAACACCAUGAGAAGACAGUUUUCAUCAUCCAGUACAAGAAGUCGAACUCCAGAAGCAAGCAGUGGAGGAACAGACGACGAAGAAGAAGACGAAGACCCAGAAAAACUUAACGAUGGCUUAGAGGGAACCUCUCGAGGAAUGGUUAAGGGACCAAUAUUCCUGAAGUACUUUCAAACUGGUGCCAAUUUAUGCCUUGCGUUCACACUUCUCCUAUUAUUUAUAUGCACACAAUUCAUAGCCAGUGUCAACGAUUAUUUUGUUCCUGUCUUAGUAAAUGCAGAAGAAACACGACAUUAUUUACUUACACAGAACAACUUAAACACUACCAAUGAUACUAUGACAGAAGAUGUAGAUAUUUCUUCCAUGUACAAUUACAUGUACAUUUACACAGGCAUAGUCGUGGGUUUGUUCUGCAUAGGUAUCACUAGAUCGUUGACUUUUUUCAAAGUAUGCAUACACUGCAGCCAAAAGUUGCACGAUAUGGCCUUCAGUGCUUUAAUUAGAACUGGCAUGAGGUUUUUCGACACGAAUCCAAGCGGUCGAAUCCUCAACAGGUUCUCCAAAGAUAUGGGAGCCAUCGAUGAACUGUUACCAAAGGCUAUACUCGAUGCUGGUCAAAUUUGCAUGAUGAUGUUUGGCUCUCUGACACUAUCAUGCAUCAUUAAUCCUCUUUUCUUAAUUCCUAUUCUAUUUUUGGGUACAGUCUUCUAUUGGAUACGAAAAGUAUUUUUAAAAACUAGCAAAAACAUUAAAAGAAUGGAAGGAAUGACUCGAUCUCCUGUGUUCACUCAUCUAAAUGCUACACUGAAUGGAUUGACUACUAUAAGAGCCUACUGUGCACAGGAUAUACUGAAGAAAGAAUUUGAUAAACUACAAGAUGUACACACUUCUACUGUAUAUAUGUACAUGGCAGCUAGUACUGCCUUUGGGUUCUCAUUGGACAUUUUCUGCUUCGUUUUUACAUCAUUGGUCACAUUUAGUUUCCUCAUAUUACAACAAUCAUUUUCUGGUGGAGAGGUGGGUUUAGCUAUUACUCAAGUGAUGGCCAUGACUGGGAUGAUCCAGUGGGGCAUGAGACAAAACGCUGAAGUAGCUAACCAAAUGAUGUCUGUAGAACGAGUAUUGGAGUACACACAAAUCACACCAGAGCCUAACUUGCGCGACAGAGGAAAGUUUGCGAAGAAAACUGAAAAACAGAUUGCACUUCCUGUUAAUGCUCCAAAGUACUGGCCCACUGAUGGAAUGAUCAGAUUUAUAAAUGUUUACAUGAGAUAUGCAGAAGAGGAUCCUCCAGUAUUGAAGAGCUUGAACAUUGUUAUUUAUCCUGGAGAAAAGAUAGGUAUAGUGGGAAGAACUGGUGCAGGAAAAUCGUCCCUAAUAUCAGCCCUAUUUAGAUUAGCCAAAAUUGAAGGAAUAAUAGAAAUUGAUGGUAUAGACACUGGGUCUAUUUGCUUGGAAGAUCUAAGACGUCAUAUAUCAAUCAUUCCCCAGGAUCCUGUUUUAUUCUCUGGUACUUUAAGACGUAACUUGGAUCCUUUUGACGAAUUUACGGAUAAAGCUCUAUGGGAAGUACUUGAUGAGGUGGAAUUAAAGGAUGCUAUAAUCACUGCCGGUACAGGAUUACAAAGUCGUGUAUUAGAUAGAGGUAGUAACUACAGUGUUGGUCAAAGACAGUUAGUUUGUCUGGCCAGAGCUAUUUUAAGAAACAAUCGAAUACUCAUGCUUGACGAGGCGACUGCUAACGUGGAUCCACAGACAGACGCUUUAAUCCAGCAUACUAUAAGAAAGAAAUUUGCCAAAUGCACUGUACUUACUAUUGCUCAUCGAUUAAACACUAUUAUGGAUAGUGAUAAGGUUCUAGUUAUGGAUAAGGGCCGCAUGGCAGAAUACGACCACCCACACAUGUUACUACAAAAUAGCUACAGUCAAUUCACUUCGUUGGUUAAAGAAACCGAUCGCGCUAUGUACGAUCAAUUAGUUAGGGUAGCCAAGCAAUCUUAUAUCGCGAAACACGAUGAACGAUGAUUAUUGUUGCAAACUGGCUUGUUCGUUUACAAUUAACAAGCCACAGCUUAUAUGGCUUUAUUGAGCAAAAGUGAAGCUUCUAGGAAGGUUAGGGUCAGAAAGUGGAAGAUGGAGGAUCAUUUGUGACGUCUUCGUUAUUAAUCAGCCCCUUACGGUAGAAUAAAGCUAUCGCAAAUAUUCUUUCAUAAACAAUGAUAGGUGAUGAUCGAGGCAGUUUUCCCCGUAAUACUUUUAUUGCUGUUGGCGCACUUUCACCUUAAUUUAAUUUUUAAUUGCGCCCUUCCACCUUUUUAUACCUUUUACGUACUUCCACCUACAUGAUUGAAUAUCUAUCACCUGUCACGCGUGUUACGUAAUAAAAUCUGCUGUAAUAAAAGGAUUUGGCGAGGACAGUGUAGUAGGGAUGGAAAAUCCACAUUCUUACCGCUUAUUUGUAUGCGCGUUAAAAGCUUCACUUUUGCGCGAUGAAGCAAUCUAAUACUAGAUUCGUGGUUUUUCACUGAUUUUAAUCCUACAAUAGUAUCACUACAUAUAUUCGUGGAGACGUAUUUUUAUAUUCUUGUCCAUGCAAAAUGUUAUAUGACUUUAUUCCAGUACUUCCUAUAAAGUAUAAACAACACAUCAAACACUUCCAACGAGUACUUAUAUAUUUUUUUACUUGGGAUUUUACACGUUUACCUUGGGGAAUUUUGCAUUCUGAAAAUUUGCAAUAGCUCAGAGACGCAUAGAUGCCAAAUAAACUUAUAAGAUAUUGAUAAGAGUUAAUAUA